ACAAUUAGCAAGGUCAGCAUCUAAAUGUAAUAAGGGUAUAGAGGUGUUGUAUACGAUGUCUAUGGAUGAUUUUCUACUGAUAAGUGUUAAAUCCCAUCGUGGACCUCAUUUAGCUGAUAAAGCCAAUCAGAGGUUACGAUGGUUACUACACUGUCGAUUCUGUGAAGAGAGGGUGUUUCUACCUAAACAGAAAGCUCCCAUAGAAAACCCUUAUAACCUACUACCUUGUAAAUGUAACUCAGAGAAACCUGGUAAAACAGCUGUAGAGUUAGGUCCCCUUUGGUCUGGACCCAUAUUUAACCCAACAUUCCUGUCCAAGAUAAAAUCCAGUGCUCAAGAGAGUGAUCUAAGUGCUAAAACAAUGUUACUAUUGGAUACCAUGAUGGAGGAAGCUGGUUGUAUCAUAGCAACAGGAGAAAAUAACUCUAAUUUACUAGAUGAAAAUCUUAAUAAUCCAAACAAAGAGAGUUUAGACUUAAAAAGAGAGGAAUUUAGUGAUAAUUUAAGUGAUGAAAAGUGCGGCAAUAAAACAUCGGAAGUUUCUGAUAAUCAAUCGGAAAGUGUCCAUGAGAAAUCUGCUGGUGAAAAGAGACUACAUGAAGAUUGUCCAGAUCAACCAGCCAAACGUUUGAAACGUGCUAAUGUUAAUAAUAUUGAAGAAACUGAUUUAUGGAGUCACUCGUUUCUGCCUUUCUAUUACAACACACAUCGAUGGAAAGUUAGUCAUACGAAAUUACCAAAGGUAACGACUCUAGUGCAGUUAUUAAAGUCAGAUGGUUACAAAGCGACUAAAACUCAUUUCGAUCCAAAAUCAGUUCGAACAGAUGCCAACCUUAUUCAGAUAAAACAAACUUUAGAUAAACAUUGUUCUGUUAAACACUGAUAUUUACCCACAAGGAAAAAUAAUAAAAUAUUUUGUUUCCUUUAAACCAGGUCCUAGUUUUGUGUCCAUAGGCAAUAUGUGUUCUAGAUCCUAAGGUCUUCUUCGUGGGUUUCCUUGGGGUCCUCUGGAAGGAAACCAGAGGUAAAGAACCCUAUGCGCAAGAGGAUUUUUGAAAUAAAAUUGUACCAUAUAAUA